AUGGCGGUGGAUCUUUUAUCGGAAAAUUCUAAUAUGAGUCCAAGAAUCUCUUUCUCUCGUGAUUUUUGUCAAUCGGAUGCAAUACCAAUCGAGAAACGUCCGUUACGAUCACCGUCGAAUUCUAAACCGUCGAGUCUCAACUCAAGCAUCGAUUUCGAUUUCUGCAUUCCCGGCGGCGUAACUUCCGGCGAAAGCUUCGACCAAGGCUCUUGGUCCGCCGACGAGCUCUUCCGCAACGGCAAAAUCUUGCCGACGGAAAUCAAGAAAAAACCCGAAUCGCGCAGUCCGGGUCGAAAAGGAUCCGAUACCGGUACACCCGAACCGAGUAAACCGGAUUCGAGAAAACAGAGGAAACCGGUCGAAGAGGAAGAAGAUAAUAAUAACGCCGUCAUAACGGAGGAGAAACCCAAUACGAAGUCGUUUUGGGGGUUUAAGAGAAGCAGCAGUUUAAACUGUGGAAGUAGUUACGGACGGAGUCUAUGUCCGUUACCGUUACUAAACCGAAGCAAUUCGACCGGUUCGACUUCGAGUAAACCGAAACAGAGCGCGAGGAAACACACAGCAACAGAGCAUAUAAAGCUUCAACAAUCGUCGUCGUUAUCAUCAUCUUCUUCUUCAUCAUCGUCAAGUAACAGUAGUUUUCAGAAACCGCCGUUGAAGAAGAAUUACGGAGGUUACAGUUACGGAAGCCAUGGAGGAGGUGGGAUUAGAGUGAGUCCGGUUAUCAACAUGGUUCCUUCUGGGAAUCUGUUUGGUUUGGGAUCUAUAUUCUCUGGAAAUGGAAGAGACAAGAAUAAGAAGAGAUGA